GAAGCUUUCAAAUAAUUAUUUCCAUCGAUGAUCGAUCGAUCGCGUAUAAGCAACAAUGCUUGGCGGAGGCCACAAGACAAACUUUCCUGGGACCUCCACAUAAUUCAAUCGUUGUAUAUAUAUCUGAUUAUAGAUCACACUUCUUAGUAAUCCGCCGUCUUGCCGCCGCUUUUUACUCCGACUGAAGUUAAUGCUAAGCCACGACAACAGGGGAUGUUAUUGAAUGGUGUAAAGGAAGCCAUGAGUGUUUAUAUCGUUUUCUUCUUUGUGGCUUUGUAUUGCUUUCAUGGAUGUUGCUCUGCAUAUGAGGUUCAAGCUAACCAGACAUCAAGAUUAUUUGUGAAUGCUUCAAAAGCAUCUUCAAGAACAAUACCCGACACAUUGUUUGGCUUAUUCUUUGAGGAAAUCAAUCAUGCUGGAGCAGGUGGAUUAUGGGCUGAACUAGUUAACAACAGAGGUUUUGAGGCUGGGGGUCAGAACAUUCCUUCCAACAUUGAUCCUUGGUCCACCAUUGGAAAUCAAUCAUCUAUUAUCGUGUCAACAGAUCGCUCAUCAUGCUUUGAGAAAAACAAAAUUGCACUUCGGAUGGAUGUGCAUUGUGGCGGUGGAGGCUUGAAUAAUUGUCCGGCUGGAGGAGUUGGCAUCUACAAUCCUGGUUUUUGGGGCAUGAACAUUGAACAAGGGAAGAGUUACAAAGUGGUUCUCUAUAUAAGGUCACUCCAAUCUGUUAACUUGUUGGUAUCGCUGACCGACUCUAGUGGAUUGAAGACUCUGGCUGCUGCUAACAUCCUAGCUGAUGAUGUUUCGAAGUGGACGAGAAAGGAGGUUACAUUAGUAGCAACAGAAGGAAACUACAAUUCAAGACUGCAGUUGACAACAACCAAGCAAGGAAUCAUCUGGAUUGACCAAGUUUCAGCAAUCCCCUUGGAUACAUACAAGGGACAAGGCUUCCGUAGUGAGCUUAUCAAAAUGCUUAUAGAUUUGAAGCCAGCGUUCCUCAGAUUUCCAGGUGGAUGUUUUGUUGAAGGUGAAUGGUUACGAAAUGCCUUUCGCUGGAAAGAAACUGUUGGACCCUGGGAAGAGCGGCCUGGACACUUUGGCGAUGUCUGGGGCUACUGGACUGAUGAUGGAAUGGGCCAUUUUGAGUUUCUUCAGCUAGCAGAAAGCAUAGGUGCAUCGCCAAUUUGGGUUUUCAAUAAUGGAAUCAGCCACAAUGAUGAAGUGGCUACUCCUAACAUCUACCCCUUUAUACAGGAGAUUCUUGAUGGAAUUGAGUUUGCCAGGGGUGACUCAAAAUCAACCUGGGGUUCCGUCCGUGCAGCAAUGGGGCACCCGGAACCUUUUGACUUGAAAUAUGUUGCUAUUGGGAAUGAAGACUGUUGGAAGAAGUAUUACCGUGGGAAUUACCUCCAGUUCUAUUCUGCCAUAAAACGUGCCUAUCCAGACAUCCAGAUAAUAACAAACUGUGAUGGUUCUUCUCAACCAUUGGAUCAUCCAGCUGAUUUUUAUGAUUUCCAUAUUUAUAGCAAUGCAAAUGAUGUCUUCUCUAAGACCCAUAAGUUUGAUCAAACAUCACGAAAUGGCCCAAAGGCUUUUGUUAGUGAAUAUGCUGUGACAGGAGAAGAUGCUGGUCAAGGAAGCCUUCUAGCAGCAUUAGCUGAAGCUGGAUUCCUCAUUGGCGUAGAAAAGAACAGUGAUGUUGUGUCAAUGGCCAGUUAUGCACCUCUGUUUGUUAACUCCAAUGAUAAAAGAUGGAACCCAGAUGCAAUUGUUUUUAACUCCUACCAACAAUAUGGAACCCCAAGCUACUGGAUGCAGCAUUUCUUCAGAGAGUCAAGUGGUGCAACACUCCUAAAUUCUACAUUACAAACUAAUUUAACGUCAAUAGUCGCUUCAUCCAUUGUUUGGAAAAACACGGAAGAUGGCAGCAGUUUCUUAAGAAUAAAGGUGGUUAACUUUGGGGGAGAUCCUGUAAAUUUAAAAAUCUCGAUUGAAGGACUGGAUUCAAACUCAUUGAGUUCAACCGGGUCAACAAGGACUGAUCUAACAUCUGGUGGUCUAAUGGAUGAGAAUUCAUUCAGCAUGCCGAAAAAGGUGGCUCCAAUCCAGAGUGUAUUUGAUAACAUAGACACAAAAAUGGAUGUCACAAUCUCCCCGCAUUCGAUUACAUGUUUAGACUUGGCAAUUGAUCAGCUUAACUAUUUGCAUACAACACCAGAGAACGCCACUGCACUCAAUGCUUCAACAUAAGGGCGACUCAACUAUCUAAUUUGAGAUAUAAUAAUAAAAUGGGGAAAAAUGUAGUACUGUGAUCACUACAAAGUAAUUAAUUAAUUAAUUAUAUAUAUGUUUGACUUCUUUGUUAUUGAUUGUGCCUCUUGGGCACAGCACAGAUGCAUGUUUAUUUUAUUGUAUGGUUGCCGUCUAUGUUUGAA